UAUGACCAGUUUAAUACGCAACACAGAAACAUGCAAGACAAGCAACAGUUAGUCAGUCAGCAGCUGUGUUUUUGAACUCUGGGAGGAAGUUGAGGUACCCAGAGAGAACCCAGAUCCUCUCAGGUGCUGGAGCUGUUUGUUGGAAAUUUGGUUUUAACCUAAAAGUAAUACCUGAACCUCAUAAGUUUGAGACAUAAGCUUCCAAUUACCUCCUUCACUUUGGAUAUUUUAUCUCAAAGGUCCUCUGUGGGCAUGAAUCUGAUCCCAGCAGCUAAACGGUCUGCCUCUAUUCCUCGCUAUAUCAGAAAUGUCUUUCUGUUUGCAGAGCGGCGGGAGAAUGAAGAGUCCCGCCAAGAUCUAAGGGGGAGGAAUUCGGCUUCCCGACGGUGCGGGGGGGACCCCCGACUCCCUGAAGGGACCAGCUGUUGGGCUGCGUGCCGAUGAAGGCAUCACUUCUGUGGGUUUUGGCGCCUCUGAUUGGAUGUUGCCUCUGCUCAACCCUCCAAAGAUCACAACCUGAAAGAAGACCAUUUGUUUUUCUCUGACAGCAAAAUGUUUUCAGUCGUGUGGAUCCUGCGGAGCGCUGUGGGGGCUUUAAGUGGAUGUUUGCUGCGGAAAUGAGGAGGAAAAGACAGAUUUUGUCUUUGAUUCUUCAGAAAUAGUCCAACUGAAAUGAUUAAUCGUUUUAAUCAUGAUUAACUGAGCAACUCAUUUAGUAAUUGGUUAAUCAUUAACUGGAGUAUACAGUACAGAAAAAGGCUAUUUGCUAAAAUAGCAUUUUCAGUAAUUAAGCCAAAACUGUACAGAAUAAAUACAUUUACAUUUAGAACAAAAACACCUUUGUAAAUAUGUUCUACCCAGAACUCCUCCAGUGGCUCAGUUCAGGCUUCAUCUGGUUCAAAUUUUGUACAGAACAAAAUCUCCUGAGCUCCUUUGCUAUUCAAUUAAUAAUCAGUUAAUGCAAAAGAAAAAAAAAAGUCAAAUUGCACAACAUCAAGCUGUUUGCUGUUUUAGGCAAUAAAAUAUUUAUUUUCUUAUUUAAAAAGGAAGUGAAUUUGUUGAUUUGCAUCUUUUAAUGCAUUUCUAGUAUUGCACAAAAAAGGCUUAAACAUCCUUAAAGAUCUUAAAAAUAUGCCAAUUUUUUAUCCGAUUAAUCGUCUGAAUAAUCAAUGACUAACAUAAUCAUUAGUUGUAACCCUAUAAAAGAGCAGAAUGUUGAGGAGAGCAACAUAAACCUCUACUGCUUUUAAGAAUUUGAUCAGCUGUUAACACAUUUAAAAGUAAAACAUAGAUUGUUUUUAGCUGUUAUAUUAAUGUUCAUCACAGACAUUCAUCCUUAUUUCUAAUUUGAUACUUUGACUUAUAUCAGUCUUCAAACAUGUGACGUUUGGUGUAUUUUUCAAUCUGUCCCAAGCUUUAUGAACUUGGAUGGUCUGUUCUCCUUUUUAUUGUUGUGAAGAAAAGUUUUGAAGAACAUUUUUUAUCUCCUAAAAACAUUUUUUAUCUCCUUGGGCGGAGAAGUCACUACUCUUCUUGUCACCGCCAUGGUGAUGUCCCAGGGCACCUACACCUUCCUGGCCUGUUUCACUGGCUUCUGGUUGGUCUGGGCCCUCAUCGUCAUGCUGUGCUGCUUCUGCAGCUUUUUACAGCGCCGGCUGAAGCGGCACAGAGAGGACAGACUCAGAGAACAAUGUUUGCGGGCUGUGGAGAUGGAGCCGCUUUCUGCUCAUCGAUACCCAUCGGUGCCGCCACCGCCGCAGCCUCCACAGGUGCGGAGGGAGCCGCCACUGCAGAUCAGCCCUCCCCAGACGCUGGCGGCACCCGUCGCUCUGCUGGUUCCUCAUCCGAUGCCACAAGCCAACUGGGUCAGCAUGCCAGACACAGAUGUAUUUGGGAAGCCGCCUUGCUAUGAGGAAGCGGUCCUGAUGGAGGACCCCCCUCCACCCUACAGCGAGGUCUUGGCUGACCCUCGAGGGGGGACAUACCUGAAGCCCGGCCCACUCCGGAGAGCGCCGUUGACUUCCAGGGAAAACCCCAACCUGCCUCCAGUCGUCACAUCUGAGACCAGCAAGCUCCCUCUGGCCACCGUGUUCCCUGACAGGGGUUACUCCUCGCUGAUCCGCCUGCCUUCAUCCCAGCGUUGGGACUCGUUGGGUCAUCUCCUGUCCAACAUGACCCUGAACCACAACAGCCUGACCCCACCGGGGGCGCGCUCGUUGCAGGCAGCCACCGCCGUCGCCAUGGCGACCAUGCCGCGCAGGGAGCCUAGGACUCAUUAUGAGAGUAUGCAAAGUGAAAUACAGGGACUUCAGGGAAGAAUGAGGGGAUUUCAGGGAGGGUUUCAAGAUAUUCAGGGGGUUCAUAGACUGAGAAGUCUGGAGCCUAGCUGCAGUAUGCCAACCGCCUUCCCUUUGCUGGGCCGCAGCACUGCAGUCUGAGCCUGGAUCCCUACUGGGAGCAUCAUAUCAGCCAGUAAGAGGAACUACAAAUGAACUCAGGAGUGCACUUACUUAGUUUGCAGAGUUAAAGUAUCAGUGCAGGAGGACACAAACAAGUUUGUACCAGUAGCCGUGCUUCCAUUGAUCAUAUAUUUCUGAAAUUUGACAUUUGGAAAAUAAAUUUGCUUUAGGGAAAUACACCAAUUUUGAAAAAA